AUGGGAGCCAUAACCAUGUGGAGUUUGACAUUUCUGGUUAUUUGUGGGAUGGCCUUUGGCAACGCUGCGAACAUUCCAGUGGUUCCCACUUUAAGUGUCACUAAUUCAACAGUAGACAGUUCCAACACCACUUUUCCAACGGAUAUCAGCAUUAAUCUGAUUGGCCCCUUGAUCAACGCUUCUGCCGUGCUGGGGCCCAGCGGAUUAUUGGCCAAAAUAACCACCAACAACUUUGCCCUUGGUUACAGCACCGCUGAUUUUGUCCUGCACACAGCCGUGAACGAUGGCCAGGAUUUCAGAGGCUCCAUAUUCGUACGUCCUUCGGACCAAUUGGAUCUAGGAGUGCUAUUGUCAUGGGCCAUCGGCAGCAACAAUACCAAAUUUGCCCUUGGGGCCAACUAUUUUUAG